AAAGAGCUCUGGUUUAAUUUGUUGGAAGUAGGAAACUUCGUGAAGCUGCCACGUUAAAUGACAAUUACUUCUUCAUUCAUUUACUAUUCCCUCCAAUCCUCACCUGCAUCACUGCUAAGACUGUUGGGAAUUUUUCCAAGAAAUCAAAGCAAGAUCAGAUAAAUUACUACUAAUAUCCACACUCCAUCCACCAUACCCGACCAUUUCUGAUUCUGAUUUCCUCUCACAUGGCGGCCACCACCCUGCACGACCUCCCCGACGUGAUCCUAUCCAACAUAAUCGCCGCCGUGUCUGAUGUACGAAGCCGGAACUGCGCCGCGUUGGUCUGCCGCAGGUGGUACCUCUUGGAACGCGCCACCCGGUCAGCUCUCACCCUCCGCGGCAACCUGCGGGAGCUCUUCAUGGUCCCCACCUGUUUUUCAUCCAUAUCCCAUCUCGACCUCUCACUCCUCUCUCCCUGGGGUCACCCCCUCACCUCCGCCUCCGCCUCCGAUUCCGCCCUCAUCGCCCACCUCCUCCGCCACGCCUUCCCUUCUGUCACUUCGCUCACCUUCUACGCGCGUAACCCAUCUACCAUUCAGCUCGUAGCCCCUCAGUGGCCUAAUCUCGAACGCGUAAAGCUCGUGAGAUGGCACCAGCGGCCUCAGAUAGCCGCCGCCGGCGAUGAGCUCAAGAUUUUGUUUUCCGAGUGCAGCCAGCUGCGUUCUCUUGAUCUUUCUGCUUUCUAUUGCUGGACGGAUGAUGUGCCUCCGGCCCUCGAGUCGUACCCGUCAGUUGCUUCCAAUCUCACUUGCCUCAAUCUCUUGAACCCAUCAUUCUCUGAGGGUUUCAAGUCCGAUGAGAUUAAGGUAAUCACCAAGGCUUGCCCCAAUCUGAGGGAAUUUCGGGCUGCCUGUAUGUUCGAUCCGAGGUAUAUUGGGUAUGUUGGAGAUGAGGCCUUGGUUUCUGUAUCAGUGAACUGCCCAAAACUGGCGAUUCUUCAUUUGGCUGAUACAUCUGCUCUAUCGAAUGUAAGAGGGGAUCCCGAGGAUGAUGGGUUCACGCAAGAAGACGCCAGGAUCAACGUGGCCACUUUGAUUGAGGUGUUUUCGGGGCUUCCGCUGCUAGAAGAGCUGGCUCUAGAUUUUUGCAAUAAUGUCAGAGACAGUGGUCCAGCACUGGAGAUGCUCAAUUCUAAAUGCCCCAACUUGAGGUCUCUUAAACUGGGGCAGUUUCAUGGCGUCUCAAUGCCUGUUGAGUCGAAGUUGGACGGCGUCGCCGUGUGCCAAGGGCUUGAGUCAUUGUCGAUUAGGAAUGUAGGUGAUUUGACUGAUAUGGGUUUGAUUGCAAUUGCCAGAGGUUGUUGUAGAUUGGCCAAGUUUGAGGUUCACGGUUGCAAGAAGAUAACGAUGAGGGGGAUGAGGACUUUUACUUGUUUGCUUCGUCGGACGUUGGUUGAUGUCAGGAUCUCUUGCUGCAAGAAUCUCGGUGCAGCACCGUCGCUGAAAGCAUUGGAGCCGAUACAGGAUCGGAUUGAGAGGCUUCAUAUCGAUUGCAUCUGGGAUUUCACCGAAGAGCUUGAGGAUCUUGAUGGAAUUGGAGGUACUUUUGACCUAAAUAGUUCGGAUCAAGGUGAGAUAUCGAACCACCCUGUUGAAAAAAAACACUUUAGAGCCACUGGUUAUGAUUAUGACUAUGAUGGCAUGAAUAGUGCAAGCAAGAGAUGCAAAUAUGAUCUGAAUUCUACUUACAUGGGAUUGGAUGUUAAUGGCAACGGCUAUGAAAAUGGCAAUGGAUAUGGUGAGAGAACAUGGGACAGGCUGCAGUAUCUUUCCCUGUGGAUUGAGGUGGGGCAGCUUUUGACUCCUCUGGCAUCCGCAGGACUAGAGAAUUGUCCCGAUUUAGAGGAAAUUCGGAUCAAAAUUGAAGGAGAUUGUCGGGAAUUGUCGAAGCCGUCGGAGCGUGAGUUUGGGUUGAGCACUCUGGUGAAUUACCCCAAGUUGUCGAAGAUGCAUUUGGACUGCAGUGACACCAUUGGGUACGCCCAUACAGCACCUUCCGGGCAGAUGGACUUGAGCCUCUGGGAACGGUUUUAUCUAAUUGGUGUAGGCCAUUUGUGUUUAACGGAGCUUGACUACUGGCUUCCACAAGACAGGGAUGUCAACCAAAGGAGUCUAUCCCUUCCGGCGGCCGGAUUGCUGCAAGAGUGUUUUGGUCUUAGGAAACUUUUCAUCCACGGGACGGCUCAUGAGCAUUUCCUGAUGUUCCUCCUGAGGAUACCUGAUUUACGAGAUGUCCAGUUGAGAGAAGACUAUUACCCAGCACCAGAAAAUGAUAUGAGCACCGAGAUGAGGGCGGACUCGUGCAGCCGCUUUGAGGCUGCUCUUAACAGGCGCCGGAUUGCUGAUUGAUACAAGCUGAGUGUUAGGCCGUAUGUAUGACAGGAACUGGGAUAUGGCGCAGGUUGUAGAAUUUGUUGCAUCAGUGUAAAUAAUGGUUCGAGUUUCAGAACCCUCCCAGUUUUUGUUUUUAAUUUAUCCUUCUGUCCCCCUAUUCACAAAGCUCAAAUAAGAAAUGCUGGUUAACUCACAGUUUUAACAUUA